GUCAGAGAACACAGCAUCGAAGUGUGUGCCUGAAGAAGCUUUAGAGAAGGAGAUUGUGACAGGCUGUUGCAUCAGUUCCUGCGAGCAAUUUUUGGCCGCCAUCACGUCUCAUAAGAAGCUGCUUGUAUGGCAAGCAGUCAACUCUUCAUGGCAGCUGCAGCGUUCCUGGAGCCUCAUUAAGAGACCUGUUGACCUUAUUUUUGACUCUUCAAGUGAUCAUGUCUUAGUGGCUGAUAAAACCGGUGAUGUGCUGCAGUUCAGUCUAGCUGAUGCUUCCUCAAAGGACAUAUCGUCUGCUAACAAAUCAUCUUCUAAUGAAGAAUUUGAGGAGUGCAGUCCUGCUCCUGUCAUCCUGGGGCACCUCUCCAUGCUGCUCUCUAUAUCGAUGUCACACUGCGGUCGCUACGUAGCCACCGGUGACCGCGACGAGAAGAUCCGCGUGUCGCACUACCCCCGCGCUCACAACAUCGCAAGCUUUUGUCUCGGCCACAGCGAGUUCGUGGGGCAACUCCGGCCUAUGCCUUCACAUGCUCAUCUUCUUCUCUCUGCUUCUGGCGAUGGCACUAUUAGAUUGUGGAAUUUGGAUGAUGGCAAAGAGUUGUCCAUGAUCGACACACAUGAACACUCGCAGUCGCUGAUGGUAGUUAGCAAGAUCACUAAAAGUGACGACGCAGCGAAAAGCGCUUCAAGCCCCAAAAGCCCCAGCACCUCUAGUGCGUCCCACCAGCAGGAGCGGACAGGCAGCCUCGGCAGAGGUCGGGUUAUACCCAAGCAGUGCGCCGUUGUCGAUGUGGCGGUCACUAGAGACACAGGCUCUGAGAGCGUUGAUAUCGUGGCCGCUGUGUUUGAUAGGUCUCGAGCGCUGGCGCUCUACAGCGUCGAAGAGAAUUUGCAGCUCAAGUUCCGGUGCUGUGUAGAGAUGCCCAGGCCUGCAGUCUCUGUCACGUGGAUCUCACAUGACACUCUCGCUGCCGUGUGCCCAUUACCUGUCCAGGAUGAUUCCUCUGAAAGCGUAGCUCACGAUGUCAGCUCCCCAUUGCCGGUGUGGCAGUUGGAAGGAGAGCAGCUGCGUCGCUUGCCCCACCACGCCCUCUCGGUCUUUGCUGAUAAACACAGGCAACACUUUGUCGAUCUAUACGCUAUGGACGCUGGUGUCCUGUACAAACAACGCUACGAUAACGUCGCGGAGUAUGAGAAGAAGAAGCAGGAGCGCAUUCAGCGGCAGCAAGAGAACAAGAAGCUUUGUAAUGAAUUAGAUCUCAAGGGCCCUUCGAAACGUUUUCGGGCAUCCGGCUCAGGAGAAGCAGCAUCCUAAAAUAAACCUUGAUCUUAUUUCGUGUUUUAGUUUCU